UGAUCAUUCUCGAACUUUUGGCGCGAGUGAGGAGACAUGGCUGACGUCAUAGCCACGUACAUAUCUGAGGCAUUGGAGCAUUUACCUGAAUAUUACUUUAACAAGUUUGUUUUCAAUUUGCAUCAACGUACGGAGGAGCCGCGGGUCCGGCGCCGUGAGGUGGAGGGUAAAGGUGUUCUGGACGUCACAAACCUCCUGCUUUUAAAGUUCACCGCGGACAGAGCGCUUCCACUCACCGUGGAAACACUGAGGCACAUCGGCUGCAACCAGGUGGCAGAUGAGCUGCUUUCCAAAGCACCUGUGGAUACAGGCGAGCCGGUUUUACGUAAAACUCCUAAUGGGGACCUGGACCUGAACCGCUCCCAGGAGGCUAAAUGUUGUUCUGCUGACAAUUGGCCUUUGAGAAAUCUUCCAGCUCACAGACGUCCUGACAUGAAGACGCCAAAAGAGGUGGAGGAUGAAGCCAAGGCUCGAGUCGUCGCUGAGGGCAGGGACCCGAGCAAUAAGAGGCUGGUUCUCAGUCGGUCUUCCAUUCAGUUUGGCCAGUACAGGGGUAAAACAUUCAAAUGGCUGUUGGAGAAUGAUCUGAGAUAUAUUGUCAGACUGGUAGCACUACACCAGAACGAGCAACAGCACAAGACGGAACAGAGCUCACAUAUGGCUAACAAGGAUGUCUUGACUUCAUAUGCGAUUGCCUACACUGAGGUCUCUAAGGAAGUCAGAUCUCAUCAUCGUGCUAUAGAAGCUGAAGAGAAAUCCAAGAAGCCAGGCCAGGAAGGAGAAGCCCUUGUUGGCUUUGGUCGUUACCAAAAUGAGACACUGAAGGACCUGUAUGAGUCAAAGGACAGGCACAAGAUCAGCUAUGUGGAGUACCUCAGAGGAGAAAGGUCCUCUUGUUCAAAAGCUUCCAAGAUGGAGGACGCCAUCAAAUACAUUUUGAAGCGUGACCAGAAGAGAAGGAGGAAACCGACCCAGAGCACCAGGUAAACAAGUUCUUUACAUGGGAAGUGGAGAAGAUCCUUGAAGAAGGCACAAGGAGGCACUUUCAAAUUCAAAUGAACCUUCUGUCAUGAAUGGUGACAAGCUCUCUCGCUCUCUCUCCCUCCCCCUCUCCCCCUCUGUCUGUCUCUCUCUCGCUCUGAACCUCCCUGUUUGCUUGUACUUCUGAAACUUUUGGAGUUUGUGCAGCUUCUAGACGUCGUACUGUGUUUUAAUUCAACUUGGAGACAAAAUCUGCGGUUUAUCUGCGUGAGCUCGCUAGCUCACCAGUUAGCCGCUCAGCUGACAGCUUGUGUGAUGCAGAGCUGGAGUUUAGUAGAGUGACAGCUGCAGGAAAGAAGCUUCCUCUGAACCUGCAGAGACCUGUAACGCCUCCCGGAGGGGAGCGGGGUGAACGGGCACCCCAACCACAGACCGUUCACCCCAUCUGUCUCAGCUUCACGGCGCCUUGUUUCACUCACAGUGCUGUGUGAGUGAGAGGGGAGUGGCUACAAUAGAGUGGCGCUUCUUUUGCCGAUAUAUUUAAUGAUAUCUUAUCCAAACAAUGUCAAACUGGCACUGGGCACUGCACUCGUGCCGUAGCAAGACGGUCCUGGAAUUUAUAGAUAGAUUAUAUAUGGACAAACAAACAUUCUUGGUUGCGUGUCAACCCCAUUAGCUCAGCUGGUUAGCAGUUGUGCUUUGUCACACGUUAGAUACUCACCUGUGACGGUCAGAUUGUUCUUUUUCUUUUCUUUUUUUACUCCUGCGUGGCCUAGCUGUGGUUACAUUGCUUUUUAAAAAUUUUAAUCUAACAGUGCAUUUGUAUGUAAAAGCUCCUGUUAAAAAGUCCACCAAAGGUGACCAUUGGCCCCCGGACAUCUUCACAUGUCCAAAUCAAAAUGAUUGUUUUUAUAAUAAUAAUACUAAUGAUAAUUCCAGCUGUUUUUCGUAUUGUAUUAUUGUGCUGUAUUAACGCUGUAACCCUAACCCAUUUCUGUUCAUUUUGACUCAUAAUAAAACAGUGCAUAGA